AUGGAGAAGUUUUUUUUAGAACUCAACUUUUUUCCCAUACUGAGGUUGCUAUUGCCUACUUGUGAUCGGGAACGUGGUCCUUACAACCUUAAAGAAACCAGACUAAGUACAUUAUUGGUAAAAGUAUUGUCUCUCAAUAAAGAGUCGACAGAUGCAAGACAAUUAAUACAUUUUAGUUCUUCAAAUAACUCGGUUCUAGACAGCGACUUCCCUGGUGUAGCGUUUUACGUUAUAAAGAAAAGAGUUGGUCAGAAUAAUUCAGUAUUGACAGUGAGAGAAAUCAAUGAAAUACUUAACUCUAUAGCAACUGUAGAUAAUGUUCAUAAAACUCCAUUGGAUGAAAUUUUUAGUUAUGCCUUAAAAAAACUUACUGCAAUCGAAUUCAAAUGGCUUCUGAGAAUAAUAUUGAAGGAUUUGAAAUUAAGCAUGAGCGUAGAUAGAAUCUUGGGGAUUUUCCAUCCAGAUGCACCAGAAGUCUUCAAGAACUGCAGCAGUAUUUUAAAGGUUUGCGAAGAGUUAGAAGAUGGUGACACUCGGCCAUCAGAACUGGGUGUUAAUUUGUUCUACGCUGUAAGACCGAUGUUGUCUGAGAGGUUAGACAUCACACACAUACACGUCUUGGAUAAAACGAAGACCUAUUGUAUGGAGGAAAAGUUUGAUGGGGAGAGAUUCCAGUUACACAUGGAUAACAAUGUAUUUGAAUACUUUUCACGUAAAGGUUUCAAAUACUCCAAAAACUAUGGGCAAAGUUACGACUCCGGCAUAUUGACGCCGUAUUUGAAAGAUUGCUUUUUUUCAGAGGCAAGGAAUUUCAUUCUUGACGGGGAAAUGAUGGGUUGGCACAAAACGGACAAUUAUUUUGGAUGUAAAGCGAUGUCAUACGAUGUAAAGAAAAUCACAGAGAACAGUUCGUUCCGCCCUUGUUUUUGCGUGUUUGAUAUUCUAUAUUACAACGACAAACCACUUAUCGGCCCGCCAGAUAAGGGCGGUUUACCUUUACGAGAACGACUCAAAAUACUCGACGAUCUCUUCAUAGACAAGCAAGGUGUUAUAGAACAUAGCAAGCGAAAAAUUAUCAAAGAAAGUUCAGAAGUAGUGGACGCUGUCAACGAUGCCAUAGACAAUCAAGACGAGGGUAUUGUAGUUAAAGAUAUAAAUUCAUACUACAUCGCUAACAAAAGAAACGCUGGCUGGUACAAAAUAAAGCCGGAGUAUACAGAUGAUACCAUGAAUGACUUUGACCUGGUGGUGGUAGGUGCUGAUGAAGCUACCAACAAACGACAGGGACGUGCGAAGAGUUUCUAUGUCGCGUGUCGAGAUAACAACGAUGGCGAUCCUAUAUGGAUCUGUAUUGGUCGUGUGUCUAAUGGUUUGAAGCACGAGGAGAAGGAACGUCUUUGUUCAUUAUUUGAACGGAACUGGUGUCUGUAUAGAAAAAAACCCCCGCCAUCUUGUCUACGCUUCGGCAAAGAUAAGCCAGACUUCUGGAUACUUCCAGAACAUUCUAUCGUAUUGCAGGUACGUGCCACCGAGCUGUUAAGCGUUGGCGAUUCACACGUGCUGCGAUUCCCGCGCGUUGAAGACGUCAGAUCAGACAAGCCGGUUGAUGACGUGUGUACAAUACACGAACUUAGACAACUGACUUUGAGUAAGAGCCCAGUUAAAAAGCUAAGCACGAAACGCAUAAACGAAUCGCAAUUAGAUCAAAACGAUAUCAAAAUACGUAAGCGCGGUCUACCGAAGACAGUUCAAGUAGCGGAAAAAUUCCGUACAAAGACGACUGGAGACGUGCAAGUUAUAUCACAAGCUUUGGCAGGGAAGAAACUAUGUGUGUUGUCUGAUGAUGAGGAUUGUAAGAAACCUGAAUUGAAACGCAUUAUAGAGUCCCACGGAGGAAAACAUGUUGAGAAUCCAGGUUCAGAUACUUGGUGCUGUGUAGUGGGAACUAUUACACCGAGAGCGCGUAGACUCAUAGAGACACAAGAACUAGACAUCAUUAGUACAGCUUGGCUCAGAGGCCUAUCAGCAAAUGAUGACUCGUGUCAACUAUCACCUAUUAAAUAUGCUAUCAAUUAA